ACGUCCUGGCGCUAGAGAGACAAGUUCACAGACAGACAGACAGACAGCCAAACGACGCUGGAGGAGAGGACAUAUAUCGACAGAGACAGAAAGUGUGAGUAAAAGACGAUAGAAAGGACACGGCUAGUCUCUCUCCACCAUGGCUCUGCGGGACGAACUUUUGAAGUCGAUAUGGCACGCGUUCACGGCGCUGGACGUGGACAAAAGCGGCAAAGUCUCCAAAUCUCAGCUGAAGGUGCUGUCCCACAGUUUAUAUACAGUGAUGAAUAUCCCACAUGACCCCGUGGCACUGGAGGAGCAUUUUAAAGAUGAUGAUGAGGGUCCUGUUUCCAACCAGGGAUACAUGCCAUACCUGAACAAGUUUAUCCUGGAUAAGGUGACGGAUAACUUUGACCGGCCGGACUUCAACAAAAUGUGCUGGACUUUGUGCUACAGGAAAAACAUGCAACAAAGUCAUCUGCUCAUCUCCAACGAUGACGCCUUCAAGAUCUGGUGUAUCUUCAACUUCCUGUCUGAGGACCGAUAUCCACUGAUCGUGGUCACUGAGGAGAUCGAGUACUUUCUGCGUAAGCUUACUGAGGCGAUAAAGGGCAGCUGGGUGGAGGAGCGUUUUGAGGACUACAAGCUGCAGCUGGACUCGACGCAGCAGUGUUUGAACGCCUGGGAGCUGAUCAAACUGGUGGGGUCAGGCCAUUUCAGUAAAGGCAUGGACCUGCAGACGCUCUCCAUGGGCAUCAGCGAGGUUUACCAGGAGCUCAUCCUGGACGUGCUCAAACAGGGCUACAUAAUGAAGAAAGGUCACAAGAGGAAGAACUGGACCGAGCGCUGGUUUGUGCUGAAGCCAAAUUUGAUUUCCUACUAUGUCGGUGAGGACCUGGCUCAUAAGAAAGGAGACAUCUUAUUGGAUGGAAACUGCAUUGUGGAGUCUUUACAAGACAAAGAGGGAAAGAAGUGUCUCUUCCUCAUCAAGUCGUCAUUAAAAAGUUUUGAAAUCAGUGUGUCGGACAAGAAGAAGAAGCAGGAGUGGAUCCAGGCCAUUCAGAUCUGUGUCAGUCUGCUGCGUAUGGGCCGGCCAGCGCCGCACCGCGAGGCUCGGCAGAAGCGACGGGAUCUGCGGUUGAGGCAGCAAGCUGAGCAGGAGGAGCUGGAGCUGAGGAUGAGGGAGCUGCAGACAGCCAACGAGGCCAAACAGCAGGAGCUGGAGAACAUGAGGAAGGCUCUGGAAGAGGCAGCAGCAAAUGCAGCAGAAGAGGAACAAAGAAGACUCCAGACCCAAACUGAACUCCAUGAUCGCUACAGGAUGGAUCUGGAGAGGGAGAAAAUGGUACGACAGCAGAUGGAGGAGCAGGUGGCCCAGAAGUCCACCGAGCUGGAGCAGUACCUGCAGCGGGUCCGCGAGCUGGAGGACAUGUAUCGUCAACUGGAGGACGCUCUGGAGGACGAGAGGCGUGCCAGGCAGGAUGAGGAAAUUGUUCGUAAGCUGCAGACACGGUUACUGGAGGAGGAGGCCACAAAGAGAGCAGAGUUGGAGCAAAUUCAUUUAAAGCAGCAGCAAGCCAUCUCUGAGACGGAGGCUGAGAAACAGGAGCUGGAGCGGGAGCGUCUGGCUAAAGAGAGCGCGUUACAAGCAGCAAUGAUACAACUGGAAAAUCUGGAGCAAGAGAGGCAGGGAGCCCUGGAGCAGUACCAGACUGUGAUGAAAAAGCUUGAAGAUGCAGCCAACAAAACAAAGACCUGGAAGCACAAGGUGGCCGAACACGAGGGCAUGCUUCGACUCAUUCAACCAGGUUCCAAGGGGCCGACACUGAUCACCAACUGGGGUCCAGCAGCCUUUUCUGACGGAGAGCUCAGUCAGAGGGAGAAGAAAUGGCAGAAGAUGAAGAACCAGGUGUCUGAGGCCCAGUAGAUCCACUGCAAGAUCUAAACUAUAGACAUUGUCUGCAGUUCAGAGGAGAGCUGCUGGUAUAAACCGUAUGUGAAAAUCAUAGGGAAGUAAUGACUGGAAGGAGGUUUCUGUUAACUGGAGCGUCAGGAAUGAAAGAUUUGUCAGGAUAAUGCAAGGCAGUAAUAUGCAAUAAUGUUUGUCUCUUUUAAACAAGUCUCUAUCACUGUAGGCCAAAAUAUGUUAGAGGAGCAGGCAAGGAGCACUAAUUCAUGGAUCCAACUAAAAUGCUUAAUGAAGAUGUAGGUGCAUGUAUUGAUGGACAAGUUUUGAGUGAACUUGGUAGUAGUUCAAUUUAAAACUGUUGUCUGUAGUUGUUACAGUAAACAUUGGCUAGGAUCUGACGUCAGAAGAGUAACUUCUGUCGGACUAGUACAUUUGUCCAACAGUCAUUAGUGUAUUAACAGUAGAUCAAGCUGGUAAACAUUUGAAAUCUUAUACAUUUUGUUUAAUAUAUAGCUGAUGAUCUAAGAGCAUCUUACGUUAAGUCAUUAGUGUCCAUGUAUUAUUUUGUUCCUAUUUGAAUCGAUGAUAUGCACUACGUUUGACCACAUCCAUUCUUUUGUAAAAUGCUUUGAAAAGUAUAGAUAGAGCUUCUGAUAUUUCUAAAACUGCUGUUUGGGAACAUGUUUACAUGGAAUAGAAGUGUUUUUAUAAUAAUAAUUUUUUAUUUUUUUUUCAGUUCCUUACUAAUGUCAGGCUGCAGAGAGGCAGUGUCCUUAGCGGCUGAUAAAAUAUGUGAUUUAAAGUCAGUGUUUAACACAAACAUUCCAUCUUAACUAAAAUGACGAGUAGAUUCAUUGUUACGAUUACAGUGGUUAACCAGUUCAACACACUUCCUGCUUAUAAAAAAACACGGCCUCACUCUGAACAAGAGCUAACUGCCAAACAUUUGUACUGUGUUGUACUGUAACUAUAACCUCCAGUGCUUUUGAUACUGCUGAGUUAAACAUUGAUUUCAAUUUUAUGUUUUUAUACAUGUAAAAAGUCAGAACUGUGUAAUAAACAAUCUUGAAUAACUGUCUAA